CAACUACAAUACGACCACGUAAGGAAAAAAUUCUGUUUUCCGUGAUUUUGAAAUGUUGAAAGAAGCAACUUCUAUUCUCAAACAAGCGGUUGAUGAAGGUCGGACGGAUAUAAUAAAGUCUGUCAUAUCUGCAUGUGGCUUUACAGAAACUGAGCAAGAUAUAAAAGAUCAUCUUUUGAAUAGUCUGUCAACAGAUUAUGGAACGAUACUCCACCUAGCAACAAAGAAGGGGCAGACAGACAUAAUCCGUGCUUUACUGGCCAGCGGUGCCGACCCAUGCAUUCAGAACACUGACAGUCAAACACCACUGGACUUGGCUGAAAGUACGCAUGUGCAGCAUGUCUACAAUGAAGAGUUGCUACAGGCAGCAGCUCAGUCUGAUAUUGGUAAAGUGUGUCAGCUGAUUGCAGCAGGCGUCAACGUUAAUCUCAUAGACAGCGAAGAAAACCGAAACACCCCUCUUCAUUGGGCAGCAAGCUUUGGAGAUAGAAAGGUCAUUCGAUCUCUGUGCUCUCGGGGUGCUAAUGUAAAUGCCAUUAACAGCCAAGGUGCUACUCCGUUACAUGAUGCAGUAAAGCGAGGAAGUUGUCCGGAAGUAGAAGAAUUAAUAUUCUGUGGGGCAGAUCCAACCAUAAAAGCAACUUCUGGAAAGUACUCUGGUUCCUCGCCUAUUGAUCUUGCCAAGGGUAACGUGCAGUUACUAGAAGUGUUAAAGAAACAACCAAUCAUACCUAUGAACACUAUGGCAAACGGCAGCAUUUCGGAUAAAAUAAUCCUGGCAAAGAUGUCUCGGAGUGAUUCUCUGGACUCGUCAAUAACCAAUGACGUCGAGAGUCUACAUUCGCCAAGACUUGUGAUUGAAAAUGGGCCACCUGGCGAUGAGGAGGUGGCCUCAUCUACACCCGUCAAAGGAGAUGAGGAUGUAAUCGUAUCUACACCAGUCGAAGGAGACAAAGUGGUGACCACAUCUACACCAGUCAAACAAUCUACAAGCGUAGAAAAGAUCUGUGAUCUCCAGAACCAGAGUCAAGUUACCACACCACCGCCCCCAUUAGUAACGGACGAGAGACUUAAUAACCUUUGGCCCCAACCACAGAAGAUAGUCCAAAAAGAUGGCAAGCCUUUCAGACCAUCUGAAGUAUUACAUUUCUAUAUAGCAGAGGGCGUUACAAAGGGUUCUGCCCAUAGGAUUCUCGACAUCCUCAAUUUGAAGAAGGAAGAACUGAAUGGCUUGGCCUAUGAACAAGAUGUAAACAUAGCGCCAAAGAGAUUUACAACGGCAGAUUUUCCAGUCGUCUGCCACAUCAAUGAACAGCUGUUUGCAAGAUCCGAAUGUUACAGAUUGACCAUCACUGAGCAUCAGAUAAAAAUCACCGCAUCAGACCCAUGUGGAUUCUUUUAUGGUCUGAAUACGCUCAUCCAGCUGUUAAGAUUGUGUUCGCGUGAAGAUGGCAUCCCAGCUUUACAGAUCCACGAUUGGCCAAGUAUGAAGUAUAGAGGUGUCCUGCUUGACUUCUCCAAAGGAAGAGUACCAAACAUAGACACUGCCAAGAAUCUACUGGGAAUUCUUUCAAGCUUGAAGAUCAACAUGGUAUAUCUGUAUACAAGAUUUAACGCCCCGAAUAGUCAGAAGUGGCAAUUUGUCUACUCAAAAAGUGAUUUAUUGACUCUGGAGAAAUUCUGCCUUGAGAGAUUUAUCGACCUGGUGCCUGUACUUGACGUGUCUCCGUCAGUGAGUUACCCUGAUCUCAGCGACCUCUAUUAUGAUAUACAGGAAUUCAUCAGCUGUUUUGUCAGUACAAGGUUUAUUAGCCUAGGUCCAAGAAUGAGUAGCUUUCUCCUCGACACAACUGAAGAUGAUGCAUUAGUCCUAGAUGAUGCCCAGAAGUUACUCCCCCUGCUAAGAAGUCACACACCUCAAGUUUGCGCCUUUGUAUUCCAUGAAAAUCUCGAGGCUAUGCAAGAUAUUAUUCCGCCAGAUAUGAUGCUUUUGGAAUUUGGAUUUCAGGCUGAUUAUAAUUUUCAUAAGUACUCCAAAGAAUAUGCAGAGAUUGGCCUUCCAUUUGUGAUAUGCCCUGGCACGGCCGCCUGGAAUAGCCUCGCUGGAUGUCCAGAAGCAGCGAUUGGUAAUAUCUACAACGCGGUGAAAGCUGCCUCGUCCCAUAAUGCAUUAGGAGUGAGCGUAUGUCAUUGGGCAGGUGUUGGACAUAUGACGCAUCAGCCAUUCAGCUGGCCUGGACUUGUCAUAUCUGCAGGACUUUCGUGGAAUUCAACUUCUCAUUGGGAUUACUUACAUGCCAACUUGGCUCAGUUGCUAAACAACUUCGUGUUCUUUGAUGAAGGGUCAGUUAUGGGCCAGGUCAUCCUCGAGUUGGGCCGGGCCGAGACGUAUGUGAUACGGUGCUCAAGAAAUCAGCAUGACAAAACGCUUAAAAACCCUGACAAUCUUGACCCUGCUAUGCAGGGGCCAAAGACCCUGUUGUACACCACUGGUAAUGACAACAGUAACCUGCCAGCGGAAAAUGGUUCAACCCUGGCCAUGCUCUUGUCUCAUCCAGAUGAAGUCACGUUAGAUCUGUUAACUGCUGAAAUAUUCCAGAAGACCAUGCGACAUAUCCGUAAAUGUCAGAGUGAGGUCCAGAAGGCCAAGUUGAAGUGUGCUCAAUCAGAACAUAUCAUCUCAGAGGUCCAGCUGACAGCGGAUCUGAUGCUGUUUGCUUGCAGGGUUGGACGGUCCCUUGCCAACAUCGGCCGUAACCCAGGUGCUGCUGCUGACGCGGCAGGACUGGCUGUGAUAAAUGUGGGUAUCGCUAACUUGCUGCCAACGACCAAGACCGACUUGGCUAACAGGUUGUUGGGCUUAGUCGAAGACUACAAGAAGAACUGGAGCCUAAGGAAUGUUAGCCAGAGCCUACAGUCCUCUCUCACUGCCCUGACAUCAAUCUUCAAGGCACUAGUACCAGAGGGACAACUUGCAGAACCUUGAUUUAUUCGACCCAAGACUUUAGCUCUUUGCUCCCAUAACGUCAUCAUUGUCCAGAUGUUUGUGGCAUUGGAAGAAAAAAAGAGUGACAAGAACUUUUUUAAUUCUUAUACUCUCCUUGCUACAUCAUUUAAUCCUCACAGUUCAGGUCCUGAAUUGCAUCCGCUUCUUGCUGAUAUUCGCUUAAACCUGUAAAUAAUUCAGCUGCAUUAUUGUCCACCUCGGACGCAUAUUGUCGUAGACUUCUCCUUGGCAUGAAGGCAAGCAAUCGAUCAAAGGUAUUUUCAUCCUUUUCUAAGUAUGUAAAUUUCCUGAAGUAAGCAUGGCAUGUUUCAAAUUGAUUUCGAUCCUCGACGUCUGGAUAUUUCACCACAACAAGCCUUGGGUGUUCCUUCUCUGUAAUCCAGUAGUUAUAGGCUGUCUUGAACUCGUACUGACAGUGCUCACGUCCCAGAUAUGCAUUCGACAUGACAAUUAUUGUCCGUCUACUGUGCUUUAUGGCGUUGAAUUCAUUUUGCUGCACUGUAAACCCUGGCACAAAAUUUAGUCUGUGUUGGCAUAUUUUGUACGGUGGCUCAUUCUGUUGUAGGCAGGGUAUAAGUUCUUGCUCAACCCAAACGCGGUCGUCUUCACAAUAAGACACAAAAGCAUCAAAUACCAUGCCGGUUAUGUCAUCAUCGUUUACAAUAGCAUCUCUGGUUAACGUUAGCAGUUGAAUCGUUUCCCUUUUAAAGAACUUCCAGGUCAACCAAAGUACUAAAAGUGCCAAGGUCAUAUUAAGUACAAAAUGUUGCUCAAUGUAAAAUGCUAAUUUUGUAUCCUCACAGAGUGAUUCAUCAUCAACCAUGUACACCAUCCUACCUCUGUUCCUUUCUGGCGUCACACAUACAAUUUCAUCUGGCCGUACAAGAGUUUUGCGUGCAAUUAGCUGAUUUAGUAAUUUUAUCAUCAACAUUGCGCUACAGCUGCAAUCCCAUGUAUUGUUAUAUAGAUGUAGUUCAGUUAGCCUUUCCCAAAAUGGCACCCUAGUGUGUGAGCCUUUUUGAAGUGAGAGGGUGUGUUCAUCCAAAGUCAGUUUAGUUAACUUGUUGCCAUUUAAGUACAAGUGAGUAAGAUGCGAUAGUUUUUCAGACAAGUAAAACAGAAAUUCAUUAUCAAUAUCUGCUAUGCUUGAAUAACUCAAAUCUAGGACCUUUACAUGUCCCUUGAUGGACCUUUCCAAAAUUUCUGUUAUGAGUAAAUUUUCUGAAUGGUCUAAGCUUAUUUGACUAAAAUUGUUCUGAUUUAGGUAAAUAUUUACAUCAAUUCCUUCAGGGACGUGAUGUUUUGUUGCCGACAUAUUCAACUUUAUCGAAAAUCCUGCAUCAAGAACUGGUAACUUAUUCAAAUUCAAGUUAGAGCAAUUAAUUAUGAGAAUUGGUACAGAGGGCUUAAAGAGGAUUUGGCAAUCCUCUUGUGGGAGCAGGUUACAGGAUAAUUCAUCAAGGAGAUCUUUGUCUAACAGAUUGUAAGAUUUCAUUGAAGUCGGAGUAUCACAGGGGUACUGUUCUCCAUGGUUCCAAUAGAAUAUUUCGUGGGCUCGAUCUUUGGAAAUGAUUACGUUCUUGGUGUCGUCUGCUUCAUUUUGUCCUGCCUGUGAUAUGAAAUCAUGAAUUGCUCGUAGGUAAGGGUAUGCCUUACAGUCACAAUGGAAAGGGUUGUUGGGGAGGUGGACGUGGCAGAGAAGAGUGGCGUACCGAUGAACCAUAAUGGAUGUCCGACCGAACACAUCUUUGAGUGAUUUUAUUCUGUUAUGAUCCAACAGGACUAAGUUCCGUAGUGGAUCUCUCUUGUGGUCAUAACUUUUUAUGCAGGAGCCGAGGAUUUUCUCGUCUAUAUUCUUGAGGAUGUGUGCAUUGGGCAUGUUGGACCAUGUACACUUUUCAAUUUUGUUGUUGGAAAAAUCGAUUAUUUGUACAUUCAGAAAAAUCAGACUCAGUGGAGCUACCGUUAGUUUGUUGUUUGAAAUAUUCAUGUAGUUGAUUUUAGGCAAAAUUGUUAUAUCUUGUGUGCCAUUUAGGACUCCAUCCAGUAUCUCAGUGAUAUUGUUGUGGUCAAGACGAAGUGUUUCAAGAUAAUUCGCUUUUCGUAAGAUGUUGAGGUCGAUCACUUUUAAUCUAUUGUAUGAGAAGUCCAAGGUUUUUGGAGUUCUCCAGAACAAAGAUUCAUCAAGAUUCUCUAUGAGAUUGUGCUUUAGGUUGAUAAAUUCCAUGUACAUGUAGCCCAAACCAGCUCCAGGGAGAAUGUCCCAUGGCAUUUGAAAUGUUUUUAAAUGGUUGUUUGCCAGGUUCAAUGUCAACAGAUUUGUAGCAUCUUUAAAUAUACGGCUGUCAAUAUAAUCUAAACGAUUGUAGGACAGAUCCAAGAACCCUAGACUACUCGGAAUUAUAAAAUCAACUUUUUCAAUUUCAUUAUGUUGAAACAGCAAUGUCAUAAUUUUGGUCAGUUUUGAAAUGGAGUAUGGCAAAUACUUUAUACUGUUGUGUGAUAGAUCCAGUUGCAAUAUUGGUAGGCCUAUGCUAUAUCUUGAUGAAAAGUGAAAGUUAACUUCAGUUAACGCAUUGUUUCUCAGAGACAGGAAAACCAAAGAAGUAAGCUGUGAGAAGGCGUUGUCUUUGAUAUAGGUGAUUUGGUUAAAGGACAAAUCUAAGUAUGUCUGAUAUCGCCCCGACCCAAAGGUUAUUUCAUUGAUGGACUUCAAGGCAUUGAAAGAGAAAUCUAAGAACUUUAGCUUCAGCAUAUUGUGCAGGCACGCUGGUAGCACUUGUAUUUCGUUGUCCACUACUGCAAAGCGUUGAAGACUUUCGUACUGGCAAAUGGUGUUUGGGAGAACUGUUAAAUUAGAUCGUGUGAUUUCCAAGCUGGUAAAAUCCAUAACGUCUUUUGAUUGAAGAAGUUUGGCUAGCAACUGCCCAAAGUCUUUUUCCUGUUGUUGGAGACUGACACUUCCUCCUUCUCUACCAAUGAUGAUAAUACUUAAACACCCACGCCAAUAAGCUCUAAAAUGUAAUUUAGAAAGUUCAUCACUAUCGUCGAACUUUAAGCGAAAACCAGGUCCAGAAUCAAGUAGCCUGUUCCAUUCGCUCGAAUUUCUGUCACUGCUGCGAUGGAAACUGGCUGGUUUAAUCACACUGUAUUUGUUGACUUCAUCAUGGACAAUUCUUGGUUGCACUGUUUCUGUUUCUUUACAGCUAAAAUUGAAGUGUCCCUGAGCUUUUACUAUGGGUAUUUCCCCAUUGGUUGUUUUGCAUAUUAUUCUGCCUGUGUCCAAAUUGAGGUUUCCAUCGUUCAGAAUCAGAGAAGUACGUUCAAUUAUGUUUCCUGAUCUGCAGUCAUAAUUUUCAGUGUUCUGCACUAUGGUACUACACAUGCAAGCAAGCAAAUCGAAGCUGUACUCUGUGAUGUUGUAGUCUUCGUAUCCACCAGUUAUGCUUCCUGUCGGUAUUUGGAAGGCAAUGCUGAACGUGAGAGUCAUGGGCCAUGCGCAUCUUCUCAGCCAGUUCACAGAUUCAUCACAGUUGGCGGAUGACGCUGUGAGAAGGAUUACAAUCAUAAUCAGCUUCAUGGUUCUGCGCUGUGCCUGUAAAGUAAACCAACACCGUAGUUAUUCUACAGCAAUAUUACAAUAGUAUUACAUGUAUAUUGUAUUGUGCUGUAAAAGAUUUAGUCGCGCUGCUACUAGAAUGGCAUAUUCCAGUACCCAGGAGGAACCCCCAUUCAACAUGCCAACUCUAAACCCGGGGUUACUUGAAAUUGUUUCUUUCAGUCUAAGAAUGAAAUUGUUACAGAGAAUCAAGUUGCCAUGACUGGAAUUCGAAGCACAGGCCUUUGGAUUGGCUGUACACUGCUCUACCAGUUGAGCUAUCGAGGUAUCUCUUUCAGUGUACAAACUGUUUUUCCAGGAAGUACCGUAGAACCUCCCAUAGCGGACACCUCUCUAUUAAGGACAACCUCUCUAUUAAGGAUAUAGGUUUGGUCCCAAAUUCGUUGUUUCAAUUCAAUUUGACCUCUCUGAUCAGGACACCUCUCUAUUAAGGACAGCACUAGUCAGUCCCGUGGGUGUCGUUAAUAGAGAGGUUCUACUGUACUUGUACUAUUCCUGACUCUUCACAACUCCCCACUCUUUUCUUAUGACAAGUAUGGUGUUCCAAGGCUUACCUUAUCAGUGUUAAGUCUUGAAAAUGUCUCUCCAGUCGUUGUCGGACAUCUUGAAUCAGAAAAAUCAGCAGAUUUAUAAGUUGCUUCCUGGAGUAAUCUUGGCCUUCCAGGUUCUAAUUAUGAAACUGUGGUUAAAAUUGGCCUGGGAUUUGGGAAUACCCUGUUUACAUAUCUGGUCAGAUUGUGUUGACUUGUUGACCUGUUACUGUCUAAUGUGUCAUUCAUUGUCGACAUUGAUUAAGGAACUAUCCAAUGGAUAGAGUGUGUAUAUCCAUUUGACAGUGAUUAAGGUUCAUUUUGAGAUAUUAUGGCCUAUGACAACAAACAAAUCGGUCAACCCAAUACUAGAAAUAUAUUGGUUUGUUAUCGUGAUGUUUUUACAUAACAAUAGCCCAACAGAAACUUUAUGUUUCCAGUAUUGAUUACACGUACAUGUAAUUGAGUAGCCUAUUAAUUGUUGUAUUGUGUUGGUUUGUUUAUCAUUGUCAUACUGGGAAUUAUGCAUUGAAAUAUUCUUCUGGAGUACAAUUUUAAAAUGACGGUAUCUGUUACAUGAUCAUAGUGAAAUUACAUUCCAAUGGUCAAAUGACCUAAUGUUACAUUACAAUGUACAUGUACGUGUAGUAUUUGUUGCCUGGUGCGGCUCUGCUGCAAAUGAUAAUUUGAUGUAGUUCUAGUUUAUCUUGGUAUCAAGACAUGCUUUUAGGGCUUUUAAUUUACAUGUAUGUGGAAUGCCCACAUAUGUCGGACAUGCCUUAUUAGAGGGGGAGGGGGGGGGGGGGCUAAAUGGUGACAAUAAACAUAAAUAGAUUCAAAUCUGAUCCUGAUGCCUUGAAAUAUCAUUAGAAGAUCUGUUUUAAACUACUGGGUGUUCUCAAAUUCAUGUAAUUGAAAGCCCUAGCUAUUGCAUGUCAUCACAGAGUUACUGUGGUAGCCUUUGCUUCUGAAUGAUUUCAGUGAAGAUAGAUAUAAGGGUCAGCAUCUGGUGACUUAACUACAAGAUAAAGUAUGGGACUUACCUUUUGUGCUAAAGUUAAAAGUGGUGAAAGUUAUGGCAGUAAAAGCUUAAGGUAGGGGCAUUAUAUAUAAUUGGGAAGUUGCAAUAUCUUCAUCUGUCAUUGAAAUUUAAUAUAUUCAUAUUAUCAAGAAUUAAUAAAGUCUAUUGUUCAUGAGGAAUUCCUGAUCAUGAAAAGAAGUGCUAGGGUAAAACUUCAAUAACUUGGACCAUCUUGAUCCAUCUAAAUUAACAUUUCCUGCACCAUCCAACUCAAAAUUAUUUUAUUGUCAAGAAAAAAACUUGACCCAAGGUUACAUGGUUCAAAUCAUGAGCUCCUCGACCGUAACUUCGAUGGAAACGAGGAUUGUAAGUUAAAGGACAGGCUGACAUUAAUCCUAGGUAGUUCAAGAUGGUUUAUUAAAGCUAUGUAUCAAUUUCAAAACAUGAUUUGGUUAUUGGUGUUCACUGUCUGAAAAUCUGUCCAAACACAAUAACAUAAAUAUUUAUGGUGUUGGUUAAUCGUGUUAUGCUGAGCAUAAAUGUAUGAUGUAUAUAAUAAGUUUGGAUUGGUAUGGGGUGUACCUUGUAAUUUAUGGAAAAACCUAUUUUGUAUGAAGUAUAUCUACAUGGUGUCCAUGUAUCGUUCUCCAACAUAUGUAUAAACACAUCUUGUGAAAA